CUCUUCUCUCUCUUCCUUCUCCCCACUCUCCACUUCCCUCCUCUCUCUCUCUCUCUCUUUCUGUCUUCUCCCCCUCAAAUCAUUAGUCUACAUACUCCCUUCUUACUUCCACUUACCACCACCCAUCGAAUACAAUAUGAUAGUCCCCAUGGAAGGCAAUCCCCAGCAAGAGUGCCGUCCCGCCGUCACGGCCGUGGAGAAAGACGACCUGGUCAUCCCGAUCAUCGACUUCGCACCCUUUCUCCAUGGCACCCCAGCCGAGCGUCAUGCGGUCGCCAUCUCCGUCAUCAACGCCUUCAAGGGCUCCGGAUUCCUCUACCUCAAAGACCAUGGCAUCGCCCCAUCGGUCGUCACCCGCGUGUUCGACUCAUCGGCCCACUUUUUUGCCCGCCCCCAGGAUCAAAAGGACGGGCUCGGCUGGACCACCCCACAGGCGAACCGCGGUUACGUGAAAACGGGUCAAGAGAAGCUCAACACCCCGGACCAGACCGAGAAGACCCAGGGAGUCCCCCCGGACCUCAAAGAGACCAUGGAGAUCGGUCGCGAGGGUGUCGACGGCAUGCCAAACCGUUGGCCCGACCAUCUCGACGACGACGGCCGCCGCUUCAAGGAGACCAUGCUCGGUUUCUUCGACAACUGCAAGGCCCUCCACACCGAGGUCAUGCGUGCCAUCGCCCUCGGCAUGAACCUGCCCGAGCAUCACUUCGACUCCUUUGUCGACGCCGGCGACAACAACCUUCGUCUGCUGCACUAUCCCGAAGUCAGCCGCCAGGUCUUUAAGUCAAAUCCCUCCCAGGUGCGCGCCGCCGAACACAGCGACUACGGCUCCAUCACCCUGCUCUUCCAGGACCGUCGCGGCGGUCUGCAGGUGCGCAGUCCCCACGGCACCUUCGUCGACGUGACGCCCAUGCCCGACACGGUCGUGGUCAAUGCGGGGGAUCUGCUGGCACGGUGGUCCAACGAUCUGAUCAAGAGCACGCGCCACCGGGUCGUCGAACCCCCGCUGAUCUCCACCGGUGGGGACGCUGCGGAGCAGCCCGACGUGUACCCUGAUCGCUACAGUAUCGCGUACUUCUGCAACCCCAACCACAACCGGUGGAUCGAGGCGUUGCCGGGCACCUACGAGGCGGGCGAGUCGCUGCGCCCGGCCAAGUACCCGGGCAUUCUGACCGGUGACUACCUGGUCCAGCGGUUGCAGGCGACGAUCUAAUCCGUGGACCCGUACAUUCUCUAUAUACCAGCCACCAGCGCACUUCUUUCCAUAGCAAGAAUAGUCCAAUCAAAUCGACCUAGCUCAGCUUUAU